CACAACGUCAUAAAGUGAUAUGUGCCUGCACAGAUGAUUUUGGAUGUAACACGCAAUGGCAGAUUUAAACUGAACAUGUCAUCUUCUGCUCUUCAUUCUCACGCGACGACAGGACUGGACAAACGUGUUAACUCUCUGUUAACAGUUAUUUACAACGUUCACGGGUUUAUAUGUAGGUUGCGAUAUUGUCUGUGACCACCAACUUAGAACGAAGGAUACCUUGAUGUCAAACUGCAUUCAUUAGAGGUGUGACUUUGUCCUAACCUUGGAUUCUGUACUGGAAGAAAACAUUGAUUUGACUACAAUUUUCUCAAUAUGCUAACAGGAUAUGGCAAAUAUAUUUCAUGGAUUACUGUUUAAUCUAUAAUAAUACUAGUUGCUACUUGAAUAUGUGCUGUUGGACAACAUGAAGCCAUACGUAUCUUCACAUGCUAACGGGAUAUGGUGUCAUAAUUUCAAGCAUCUAGCAUCGUAACAUAUUUAUGUGAUGUUAACCUGUAAGAAGGUUUCACUGAUAUCUGUACUCUCGGACAACAUGGAUGUAUCCAGGAUCGUAUGACCCAAUUAUCGUUUACUUUAAGGUGAUUAGCGGUAUGAAGUCUCCUGUAAGGAGUACAUACAGUACUGGUGCCUGAAAACGGUGAUGACAUCUUUUCCUAAAUAGCAUCCAUUGCAAUAUUUGCCUUUACCAAGGAAUCAUACUUUUGUUUGAAAGGGCGUGAGUAAUGGUCGACAUGGAAGUAAUCCAAACUUUUAAAGACAGUAUUUUGUAGUCUUAAGCGCGUACAUUUUUUACCUGGAUUUAUAAACCUGUUUAUGACAUAUGUCAUUUUGCUAGUAUUGGAUGAUUGACGAUUGGUGAUAUGUAUUUUACUGUUGAUCAUAAUGAUGUGUCAGCCGUAUCGCUUCUCCUUUAAGAUGAUUGUAUUGACAUUGGUAAGAACAUAUCAGCACUCGGUGACUCGGAGACGUUUAUGAGCAAAUUUAAGUUACACCUGUGAAAUACACCUGUGGAGAAACGCCGUUCACGUUUAAUGAAUAUCAGACUUUCCACGGUUCAUGUCAACCAUGACCUGUUUGUGUAUUAUUAACAAUAUGAACAGUUUGUGCUACGGUGUGUAAGCAUUUGACGACAAUGUGUGUCAAACCUGUGUAUUGUUAAGCGAUCGUCCAUAAACGUUCUGUAAUUGUUUGAUUUACCUGCGCUAUAUGUAUCUGUGAAAAUAAACUCUGAUACUUUGCUCCCGGACAGGCGUAUGUGCUAAACACUACGCACAAAUCCCUUCUACCUGUCGUAUUAACUUGAGUGUUUGAUUGAAUACACACAAACUCAUUACAUUCUAGAAUGGCGAGUGUAAAAACAACCGUCAUUUAGAGGAUUAUGUUGAUGUGUUCGGAUGAAGCGUACACAAUAAUGAUUCGAACAGAUGAUGGAAUAUAGUUACACACAAAUAUCCAUGUGACCUUGAGACUAAAUCAAUUAGUGUCCUUUCAAACUGAGGAGUAAGUAAUGUGAUGUAUUGAAUGGAUAAACUAUUCAACACACGGAUGUGCUAUUUCCAGUGGAAUAUUAAUAGUGUUAUACCCACCAGGGAAAUCUUAAUCAAGCAACAUACAGCCGAAACAGUGCUGACAGUGUAAAGAACUAACAUAAUAGUAAGGGCUAUGAUAGUAUAUCUAAACUAAAACUAUAACAAUAGAAAUAGGGACGACAGCAUUUAGUAGGUUCAUUGACAGUAGCAAUAGUUAUUACGUUGUCUGUUAAAUCAGCAACACAUAUAUAUUCAAGAGGCUUUCCUUUUAACGUCAUACAUGAACUGCAACGCACGUGUAAGGACCAACAGCAACAUCAACCAUACGACACUGAGGCUGUAGGGCAGCAAUUAAAACGGGAAAAACACCAACAGAAGUACUAGUAUAUAUAUAACAGUGUGACCUAGGACAGUGCAGAGAACGUACCCUACCAUGUGUCGAACGUGUGUUACUAUGGUAGAUAUGGAGGUACCACCCUGGCUGUGGGACCCGGGGGUCACGUGGUGUAGGAAGAAGUACUAUCUCUCCCAGAACGGCCGGUGGUCGGGUCAGCCAUGUACGAAUACGACAAUGGCUGACCAGAAUUUUAUUGACGAAGUUGUGAAGGCUCACAACAACUACCGGGCCAAACAUCAGUCCGGACCGAUUGUCCAUUCCUCAGAACUGACCAGCGUCGCUCAACGUUGGGCUGACCAUCUGGCCAAGACGGACGGAUUUCAGCACAGCGAUUGCAAGCAUGAUGGGAAGAGCAUUGGGGAAAAUAUCGCCAUGAAGUGGACAUCGGGUCCCGAUAAUUAUACAGGUCAAGAGGUCACUGACCAGUGGUACAGCGAGGUCAAGAUGUACACGUUUGGAAAGGAGCCGACAUCUACGGGCACAGGUCAUUUCACGCAAGUGGUAUGGAAAGGGAGUGACGAGAUUGGAGUUGGAAAGGCGAGGACAAAGGAUGGCAAGAUACUAGUGGUGGCCAACUACAGGCCGGCCGGAAACAUGACGGGCUCCUUCCGGGAAAACGUACUUCCUCCCAAGGACGGGAAAAUCGAACUUCCGGCAGCUAACGACGCACCGAGUGUGGAGCACAAGCAGGGAUCUGGUCCAUUUUCUAGUCGGUUCGAAAAUAAAGAUAUUCCCUCAAAUAUGGCAAGCAGAGGUGGUGAGUCCCGUUCUGUCCGUACAUUCACGGAAACGUCGGGAAGUGGUGCUAACAAGGUAACGAAGACGGUUGUCGAGGAAACCAUCAUCAAAGCAGAUGGUAGCAAGACCACCAACCGGAAGGAGACCAUUACAACCGGGGAUUCUGGGUCAUGUUCAUCGGAUAUGAAGUCAAUUGGCCACCAUGAUAACAAAGAAAAAGACAAAAAGGAUAAGGGAGGCGCCUUUGGGGCAGACAUACCUAUCGAGGAUCUCCGUAUAAAGGACGAUGACUUCUUUAAAAAGGACAAGAAGGGGAAGAGAUCAAGCUCAAGUUCAUCCGACUCAAGUCCAGAACGGGAAAAGAAACCUCAAAAAAUCAAAGAAUUCAUCGAUGACGCUGUGAAAACUCAUAACGAACUCAGGAAAAAGCACGGCGUUGCUCCUUUAAAACACAGUAAAGAUCUGUCGGAAUUUGCCCAAAAGUGGGCGGAACACCUCGCCGCUAGCAACGGUUUCCAGCACAGUGAUUGUCAACACAAGGGAGAUAGACUCGGGGAAAACAUCGCCUGUAAAUGGUCCUCGGGAUCAGCAGAUUACUCUGGGAAGGACGUGACCGAUUACUGGUACAGUGAGAUAGAGAAACAUGACUUCAACAGUGAACCGCGGACCUUAGGAUCCGGACAUUUCACCCAGGUUGUAUGGAAAGGCAGUAAAGAAAUGGGAAUUGGCAAAGCCAAAAGUUCGGGUGGAAAAGUCUUGGUUGUCGCCAGUUACCGCCCCGCUGGAAAUCUAGUCGGUACAUUCUUAGAGAAUGUUCCACCACCGAAAAAGUGAAGCAAAGACUUUUAAGACACUUUCAACUUAUUAAGGAAAUAAUGGUUACGUCAUUUUAUAGAUGGACAUACUUGUGUAUUAAGUCGUGUACUAUUGUAGUUCACAAUCAUUUUGUUAUGUACAGUUUUGUGGAUGAAUGGAUCUGAUUGUUUCACUGUUUAGCUUAAUUAAUUACACAUUGUGUCACCAUUGAGUCAGAUUUUGAGAUUCUGUUUGUGUUUUGAUCGCAAUAAGUGUGAAUCCAUUCAUGACUACGAGGUGAUGUGAAUAUCAUUUUUUCAGAGAACAUCGCCAGAUUUUAAUUUGUCUUUAUACAUUCUUGAGCUUAUGAAACAAUUAAAAAAAAAUCUGAUAUGAAAUAUUAAAGUAAGAGUAUAUUUUUCGAGUAACUGCUGAAAUUCGUACAUUACCUUAAUGUGGCGUGAUAUGUUCCGUUACAGUUUUAAUUAGAGUUAACUCCCUUGUGUGUUUAUUUUUCAAUAUCUAUCGCUUUUAACAAUGUUGUUCGUUUAUUAACUAAUCAAGUUAACAUCAACAUUUCUGAUGUCUCUAAUUGUGUAACUCUCUUUGAAAGGCGAUACAUAACAAAGAAAGAUAGGGUACAUUUUGAUUAAAAUACCCAGUUUAUAUACGUUGCAUGAAAACUACAUUCCAAUGUGUUUGCCUUCUAUUCUGUGAUACGAAUCCGUUUUAUAUACAUAAUGUAAUAAGCGUCAAAUGAUAAAAAAAAAAAAAAAUGUUUUUCUUAACAAUAUAAGAGUCCAAUUUUAUGAUAAUGCUGUUUUAAAUGUUUAUCAUUCUUAUCAUUUUUAUGAAAAAAAGUGCUUUUCGUUUCAAUAAGCAUUAAAUUAUGUAUAUAUAUGUGAAAACAUUGUGUCUAAAACUCCUGUUUUUAGUGCUACCUUUUGCCAAAAAAAAAUUGUGAGCCUAUAUUUCAUUGUUUCAUAAUCGUGAGGCUUUAAACUAACGAAAAAAAAAAAAUAAAAAAAAAUAACGUUUUAUGUAAUUAUCAUUUAGAUAAUUAUGGGAUUUGUAUUCGGAAUCUGUUUGAAUUCGCGAAUUAUUUUAACUAUACUUUGUUGUCUUUUACAUGCACACCAUCCCGAUGUUUAAGGCUGCGUCUCUGUGUUGUUAAGGGUAUGUUUAUUAUAAUAUCUGGCUGUUGUAGAUAAAUAUGAAUUAUUAUGGGAGACAAUGGCAACUGCCAAGCAAUACAACCCAUAUAUUAUUGUAUUUUUACAGAACAAAAAACAUGUAUUGUUUGUGUAUUCUUACGACGCAUGUGUAUUGAAUGCGGGAUUCUCGAUACAUGGAUAUUUUAUUCUUCAGAAGAAAUGAACAAAUAAAAUAUUUUAUUCACA